AUGGCGGGCGGCGAGGGGAGCCCGGACGGGGGCCGCGCCCUCUGCCUCUUCGACGUGGACGGCACCCUGACCGCGCCUCGCCAGAAAAUCACUCCAGAAAUGGCAGAUUUUCUACAGGCUUUGCGGAAGAAGGUGAAAAUGGGCGUCGUGGGCGGCUCAGACUUUGAAAAAAUCCAGGAGCAGCUUGGCGAAGAUGUGGUUGAAAAAUUUGACUACGUCUUCCCUGAAAACGGUUUGGUGGCCUACAAAGCAGGGAAACUGUUGAAGAAGCAGAGCAUUCAGGGCCAGCUGGGGGAAGAACUCCUGCAGGAGCUGAUCAAUUACUGCUUGAGCUACAUUGCGAAAAUCAAGCUGCCCAGGAAACGGGGCACUUUCAUCGAAUUCCGAAAUGGGAUGCUGAACGUGUCCCCCGUGGGCAGAAGCUGCAGCCAAGAGGAACGGAUAGAGUUCAAUGAACUUGAUAAGAGGGAGCACAUAAGAGAGAAAUUUGUCGCUGAUCUGCAGAGAGAUUUUGCAGGGAAAGGCCUCACGUUCUCGAUAGGGGGUCAGAUCAGCUUUGACGUGUUCCCAGAGGGCUGGGAUAAGCGGUAUUGCUUGGGGAUUGUGAGCAACGACGGUUUCAAAAAGAUCUACUUUUUUGGAGAUAAGACCAUGCCGGGGGGGAACGACUUUGAGAUUUACACGGAUCCCAGAACCAUCGGCCACAGCGUCACGUCCCCUGAGCAGACCAGGCAGAUCUGCGAGGGACUGUUCUUUAACUAAAGGGAGGGACUCGU